GGCUGAGGGUGAGGGGGGCAGGAUCAGGAAUCAGAAAAGCCAGAAGACCCUAUCGAUUAUUAAAAAAAAAAAAAAAAAAAAAAAAAAAAAAAAAAAAAAAAAAAACAGAAGAACUCUGGUAUACGGCAUGGGCACCUAAUUUUGGAGCACCACCACCUCAUCAGAUUUGGAACUUCUUUUCUUUCGAUCGAAAACCUAUCUCAACCUAUCAUCUCAAUAAUAGACCUCACAUUCACCCUUCUCUCUCCAAACUUUCCUUUUCUCUGUCUAUUCUUUUUUCUCGGGAAGUUUCUUCCAAUCUAUGCUACCCAAAUAAAGUUCUCUCUUUGACCCCAUAACGUACAAACAUUCAUCACCCGUGACCGAUUUAAGAAACUCUCUUUCAAUGAAACUAUGUUCCAGUCCAUUUUGGUUUCCUAGCUAAUAUAUAUACUCGUAUUCUUGCUCUUUAUCAAUCGCUGCAAUAUCAUAGACAUACAUACAUAUAUAUAUAUAUAUAUACAAGCUAUGGAGGUUGAAUAUCAAGAGGAUUACAUUAGGAACUCAAGGGGAGUGCAGCUUUUUACGUGCAGAUGGUUGCCUUUUUCUUCUCCAAAAGCUCUGGUUUUUCUUUGUCAUGGGUAUGGUAUGGAGUGCAGCAGUUUCAUGAGAGGUUGUGGAGUCAAACUAGCAUGUGCGGGAUAUGCAGUGUUUGGGAUUGACUACGAGGGCCACGGGAGGUCAAGAGGGGCCAGAUGUUACAUCAAGAAAUUUGACAACAUCAUUGCCGAUUGCUAUGACUUUUUCAAGUCGAUCUGUGUGCAGGAAGAGUACAGGGACAAGAGAAGGUUCUUGUAUGGGGAGUCCAUGGGAGGGGCAGUGUCCCUUUUGCUUCACAAUAAGGACCCUUAUUUUUGGAAUGGUGCUGUUCUUGUUGCACCCAUGUGUAAGAUAUCAGAGAAGGUGAAGCCACACCCUUUGGUUGUGAAUCUACUGACCAGAGUGGAAGAGCUUAUUCCAAAAUGGAAGAUAGUUCCCACUAAGGACGUCAUUGAUUCAGCCUUCAAAGACCCCGUGAAGCGUGAAGAGAUAAGGCACAACAAACUCAUAUACCAAGACAAGCCUAGAUUGAAAACGGCACUAGAAAUGCUCCGAACGAGCAUGAGCCUUGAAGACAGUUUACACGAGGUGACGCUUCCGUUUUUUGUAUUGCAUGGGGAAGCAGACACCGUAACCGACCCUGAAGUGAGCAUAGCACUGUACGAGAAAGCUGGCAGCAGAGACAAGACCAUAAAGCUAUACCCUGGAAUGUGGCAUGGUUUGACGUCUGGUGAGCCAGACGAGAACAUCGAGAUCGUUUUCGCAGACAUCAUAGCUUGGCUUGAUAAGCACACCGAGAUUGGGGAUAGUGUUAGUAGUGUGCAACGUCCGACUCAUGCAUUCGACAAUGGGGUUGUGAGGCUCGUGACCUCCGCAGCAUCUCAAGAAAAUGCUAGGAAGAAGCAGGAGCCGCGGAGGACGAAAUCUUACGGGAGGUACUUUUGUGGAUUGAGAGGCCUUCGCUUGCAGCAUCACUCUGCUAUGUAGCGGUAGCUCCGUGUUGGGCAUAUUAGGGGCUGAAAUAACUCUGGUUUAUGAUCUAUAUAUGUGCUGUAGAUAGUGGACUUGAAUUGUCUUUCAUAUGGUAAAUGUAUCAUGAUGUCAGGGGUCUCCUAUCUUAAUGGGAUCUAUAUCAGAUGAGUGCAGUUCAAAGUAGUAAAUGUCAUCUUGAACCACAUGCAAAAGAACUUUGGACAACAAACACAAGAAAACGAGGUUAGCAUUGCUUAUAUAAUCUUCUAUUUUGCUUUGACUAUCACUCAGUAGUUAUUACAGCGAGGCAAAUCGCACACAAGAAAUCGUUUUUCCACACCGAAAGUUCUUUCUUGCAUAACAAGAAAAGAAGACCCAAAAACAAAGGUAAGUCCAAAUUUAGAGCUCAAGUAAUCAAUAUACCUUUUCAUUUUCUUUUCUUUUAUUCCCUUCAGCAAACUUCCUCAACUACUAAACAAUGUUUACUCGAUUAGUUAAUGGAACUCAAAUUGUAUCCCCACGUCUUUGUUCACAAGCCAAAGUAAUCACCGCUAUACAGUAAGAAAAAUGUGCAAGCUAAACACCAUAGCCAUAGCAAGUAAUUUUAAGAAUAGAAAAGCUCACUGUCUAUUUGAAAGCUUAGAGAGGAUAACCGACACAAAGUCACAAAGAUGGGGAGGUAAAACAAGAUGCCAAGUGGGAUACCUAAGGAUCUACUUCAAUGAGACCAACAAUACGCUUGCUGCUGCUACUUCUGCUGAUACUGUAUCGUUUGGAAGCAGGGAAAAGCUAGUGUAUUCCUUUUUUUUUUUUUUUUUUACUUUUCUUUUUUU